GAUCUUUCUGGAGAUCUUUUAAAUAUUCUUAAUGAUGCUGAUGAAUAUGAUGUUAUUAUUCAGGCUGGUAAAGAGCCAGACUUUAAAGAAUUUAAAGCUCAUUCAGUUAUUUUACGUGCUAGAUCUCCUUACUUCAAAAUUGCUUUAUCCGACAAAUGGGCGAAAAAUAAAGAAGAUAUUUAUUAUUUUGCAAAGCCAAAUAUCUCACCAGCUAUAUUUCAUUUAAUUCUACGGUAUAUUUAUACAGGAAUCCUUGACUUACAAAAUCAAUCUGGGUCUAAUAUUUUCGCUCUUCUUAUUGCUGCCGAUGAAUUAUUGCUUGAUCAAUUAGUUGGUCACGUACAAGAAUAUAUUCAAAGUUGUAAGGAAAUCCAACGUUACAUUACGAAUAUUCGCCCUCUACCAAUAAAUUCAGAUUCAGAUCUUCUUGAUUUUCUUGUUACUGCUGAUGAAUUGGCUCUUGAUGAAUUAAUUAACCGCUUUAUUGGAAUUGGAACAGAACCCUCUUGGCUUAAAGAAAGUUUAGUUGAUUUUUUAUUCAAUAUCGUCGAACUGGAAAGAUGUGGGAAGAUUCAAGAUUCUUAUAUCAUAGAAGCUAUUUGUAUAGAUCCAGAACCAUUAUUAUUUGAGUUAGCAAACUUUCCAACAUUAGAUAAAGGUAUUUUUUUAGAACUUAUUAAAAGAGAUGAUCUAAUUAUCGAAGAAAUCAAUGUUUGGAAAUAUUUAAUGAAAUGGGGGAUGGCUCAAUUUAUUCCUUUACCAGAAGAAGAUAUUUUUUUAUCAGAAGAGAAACCAAUCAAUUCAUAUGUAACCAGCUGGGGAAAAAAUGAAUUUACAUCAUUAAAAAAAUAUAUAGAUCAAUUUAUACCUUAUAUUCGAUUUUAUGAAAUUUACGGGCUGAAUUUUAUCAUCAUGUUAUACCUUUUAGAAAAUAUCGACUCUGCUAUCAUUAAAGAGGAAAAUGCUCGGGACAUUGCCAGGUGGAUCUGCCUUUCUCAAAAAACCUUCUUACGAGUUAAAGAUUCAGAUAGAAUAAUUGGUGACGUUAAGAAUAAUAGUUCAUGGGGGUAUAGACCGAAUAGUUAUAACGGGUUUGCCUUUUAUUUUGGUAAUGGAAAAGAUUAUACUCGUAAUUGUCAAGUAGAAGUUCGAACCGGAGAUGAGCCACAGGUAGAUUCCAGAGACAGAAACAGAAAUAGCCUUUUGAAAUUGCUUGGCAAGGGGAUUUCUCCAAAGCUGAUUGAUAUUAAUGAUCCUUGUCAAGUGGAAGUUCGAACCGAUGACGAACCACGGGUAGGUUUUCCAACCGGUGAUGAAUCAUGGGUAGAUUUCAGAAGAGGCGGACAUAGCUUUUUGAAAUUGUUUGGCAAGAAGGGGACUUAUUCAAUACUGGAUGAUAUUGAUUUUAUUGCUGAAGAAAUUGAAAUAUUUUCCAUUAAAAUUUAA